GCCGUAGAAGCACUGUGCUUGGAGGUCGGGCAUGCUCAAGGAUCGUCCAAUGCGAAAUGUUGUGCGGGCGCCGAAAAUCGUGUGAUUGUCAUGGAAUUAUUGUGUUAUGUGUCACACACGGCUUUUAAAAUCACCUUUGUGCUUAAACGACAAAGUGUACGUUUUUGUUAAGAGUUAGGAAAAGCCCAAACAGGAGCGAAAACCUCCCGUCCGUUUUGUCCUACAAAAGCAAAGGCGCCGACUGUUUGACAGCGGGAGGGCCCGCGUUAGGUAAACUGCCGGACGACGAGGAGGAGGAGGACGCUUUUAGGAGAGCUUCAUGAAACAUUAAAGACUUUUUUGUGUUUGCUUUUGUUGCGGAAGUUGAUCUCAAACAUGAGAAAAGACGUAAGGAUACUACUAGUUGGGGAACCUAAAGUUGGGAAAACUUCACUUAUCAUGUCCCUCGUCAGUGAGGAGUUUCCUGAUGAGGUUCCUCUCAGAGCUGAGGAAAUAACCAUCCCAGCAGAUGUAACCCCAGAAAGGGUGCCCACGCACAUUGUCGACUACUCAGAAGCAGAGCAGUCAGACGAGCAGCUGUACCAAGAAAUCUCCAAGGCAAAUGUCAUCUGCAUAGUUUAUUCAGUUAACAGCAAGAAAUCAAUUGAAAAGGUGACCAGCCACUGGAUUCCCCUGAUAAAUGACAGAACAGAUAAAGACAGCAGGGUGCCCCUGAUUCUUGUGGGGAACAAGUCUGACCUGGUGGAGCACAGCAGCAUGGAGACUAUCCUCCCGAUCAUGAAUCAAUUCCAGGAUAUCGAGACCUGUGUGGAGUGCUCUGCCAAAAACCUGAAGAACAUCUCUGAGUUGUUCUACUACGCCCAGAAGGCUGUUCUCCAUCCAACAGGACCCCUGUAUUGUCCGGAGGAGAAGGAACUGAAACUGUCCUGUAUUAAGGCUUUAACUAGAAUAUUUAAGAUCACCGACCUGGACAACGAUGGGAUCCUGAACGACAACGAGCUAAAUUUCUUCCAGAGAACUUGUUUCAAUACACCUCUGGCACCGCAAGCCUUGGAGGAUGUGAAGAACGUGGUCAGGAGGAACAUGGCAGAUGGAGUCAAAGACAACGGACUUACACUUAAAGGCUUCCUGUUCCUGCACACACUCUUCAUCCAGCGAGGCCGACACGAAACCACAUGGACCGUGCUGAGGCGGUUUGGGUACGACGACGACCUGGAGCUCACGCAGGAAUACCUGUUCCCCAUUGUUAAGAUUCCUCCAGAUUGCACCACAGAGCUUAACCACAACGCUUACCUCUUUCUUCAGAGUGUUUUCGACAAACACGACAAAGACAGAGACUGCGCGCUGUCGCCGGAGGAAGUUAAGGAUUUGUUCAAAGUGUUUCCCUACAUGCCUUGGGGCCCAGACGUCAACAACACCGUCUGCACGAAUGACAAGGGGUGGAUCACAUACCAGGGAUACCUGUCCCAGUGGACCUUGACAACUUAUCUGGAUGUACAGCGGAGUCUGGAAUAUUUAGGUUAUCUUGGUUACUCUAUUGUCUACGAGCAGGAGUCCCAGGCAGCUGCCAUAACAGUGACCCGUAGCAAGCGAAUCGAUCUGCAGAAGAAGCAAACGCAGCGCAGCGUCUUCCGCUGUAACGUCUUCGGGGCAGCAGGGAGCGGGAAGAGCGGCUUCCUCCAAGCUUUCCUCGGCAGAAAUCUACAGCGGCAGAAGCAAAUCAGAGAAGCCCACAAGUCCUACUACGCCAUCAGCACCACCUAUGUUUAUGGUCAGGAGAAAUAUCUGCUGCUGCACGAAGCGAUUCCUGAUGUGGACUUCCUGUCGGAGGAAGAGUUGGCCUGUGAUGUGGUCUGCCUGGUUUAUGAUGUCAACGACCCCUGUUCCUUUGAAUACUGUGCUAAAGUGUACAAGCAAUACUUCAUAGACAGCAAAACGCCGUGCGUGGUAAUCGCCGCCAAGUCCGACCUGCACGAGGUGCGGCAGCACUACAGCCUGUCACCGCACGACUUCUGUCGGAAGCACAAGCUCCACCCGCCGCAAUCAUUCACCUGCAACACAACCACCGCGCCCAAUAAGGAUCUGUACACCAGGCUCACCACCAUGGCCAUGUAUCCCCAGCCGAGCCGCUCCGUGUGCAGGCUGAUGCAGCCGAGUGUGGCGGCGCUGUGCCAGCUGAUACCCAGGCUGUUAGCCAGGGAGGUACCGGCGUGUCCGUGUGUGAACGCUCCCCCACAACUAAUGCUUCUCUAACACCGGCCGGCGCACAGUAUAGUAGCCUUUUUAUUUAAAGCCCCACUCCGGUCGUCUGUAGUUCCCAGUGGUUUUCUAACUAUGAUGAUGCCGUUUUUAGCACCAUCAUUUUCUCAAAGAUUCUGUUGACUGGCGUGGAGGAAUCCCAUCCCCUCUUCUCAUCACCUAUAAAUGAGAGCUCUUUGUUUACAUGCUCUCCCUCUAGCUUACAGCACCUCGCAAACCCGACCACAAAUGGCGUGUGAUAUCCAGCCGUUUUGAACAGUUUUGAGCUGGAUACCAGCACAGAUGAGGAAAAUGAAGACGUACAUGGAUAGCUAGUGGAUGCAUCGGAAUGAAGCAGAGCAGGGAGCUUAUGCCUCAACGCACUAUACUUCAUACGUCACAAAUGCACUCUUUUUCCAACGCCAUUUUUUUCCUGCUGCUGAUUCACCACAAUAAAGGACUUUAAGCUUUUUUUAACUUGUGUCCUCCAUCGUCAGAAAAGAACAAUGUUAAAACACAACUUUCUUCGUCUUUAAACGUAUGAUAGCUUAGCUGUGAAGACUUCUUGUUAAAUAUGAGCCAGAAGAAUAAUGAUGCUUUGAACUCCAUGUGUGAAUUUUAGGAAGUUGCCCCUCUUCCAGGAGCUUUUUAGAUGAUUGCUGCAGUGAAUAUGCAAACAGUAAACUUUGACCUGCAUGCGCCGUUUGCAUACAAAAUGAGAGAAACACGGUCCUUGGUGUUUCAUCCCACUGAAAACCUCACUGUCUUCUGCAUGUUUGCAUUUCUUCAUCAAAAAAUGCUCCAAAUUAAUCAGCUGUCAUGAACUCCACGAUUGAUGUUCUGUGACGUUUUCAAUCUCAUUUUCCAGCUUAACUCUGAAUUCACAGGAAGUGCUGUUUUUCAGCCAUUAGAGACGGCGGCUCUACUUCCUGUGUGUCCAGACUUGCUAAUUGUGGUUUUCAGACACUAAUAAUUGAAAACAGAGUUGCUCUUAAUGAUUUUGCUGCACUGAACCAAUCAUUUCAUCCCGUUUUCCUGUCUCCCACCUUUCUGUUCUCUUUUCACUCUUCAGGUGUUGCUCCUCUCGUUUUUGGCUGCCUCUCUUCCUUUUCUUCUUGCACGUCUUCACUCUCUUUUACUAACACUUUCUGAUUUUUUGCAUAGCUAACCUAUUACACAUCAGGGCUGUCUCCUUGGUCAAAUACUGCCAUCUACUGGUGACGGGGAACGUUUCACAUCUGUCUUUCACGAGAGGCUGAUGUUUGGUGGCUGAUUUUGGCUUAAGAUUGACACUUGAUAAAUUAAGAGUUGAUUCCUUUGACGGCGGAGCUGCAUGUGAGCUUACAUUCGUCUGUGUGUGACGCCAAUAACUGCAUGACUCUGAGCAAGGUCGACAGGCAGAGAUGGGGGCUGUAGACUAUUUUAUAGCAGCCACUUCAUAAAACACAAAAUACAAUUACAAAUACUUAAAAAUAAAUAAAAAGUGUUGUAGGUCAUACUUCCUGAUGAUAAAUUAAACAUAAAAAAAUUUAUUUUCGGUUUGUUUGUGGUAAUAAAGAUUUUACAAAAGUGUUUGAUAGAUUUUAUGUAAAGGGUUUUUCUGGGUUGUUUCAGAGUUAAAAUGUGAAUUUUCUUGUAAUCUAACCCAUUUCAACUAGUGUGCUUACAUUUAUUUUUUAACUUAAGUUACAUUUUCUUUCUGUUUCCUUCUUAAAGGCGAUAAAAUACAUUUUUUAUUUAGAAAACUCUGUUUUUUGGGGGGCACGUCUUUCAUUAAGCUAAAAGUGAGUGGAUACAUCCAAUAACAGAUGAAUCAGACUCGGGUGGAAGUGCCGUGUCUGCGUUUGAGCGUAGCGUGGGGUCACUGGGCCACAGUGUCUGUGUUUGUGCGGAGGCUGCAUGGCUGGGUGGAGGUUGCUUUGGGCUGUCAGCGUGAUGCAGCAGGUCACGGCAUCCUCAUCCACACGGAGGGGUCCAUUUAGAUGGAGGCCUCAGCUGAGCUGGCAGUUCUGCAAAAAGGUAAAGGCAGAAGUUUGUCCGUGUGCGCAAAUGGAUGGGCGUAUUUUAAGUGAAACGGCAGGCCGCCAGUGUUGAUGUUCAUGUGAUGUUUUGUCUUUUUCAGCAGGUGAUGGAUGAGAGAAGAUGCUUUUGGCACUUUCUUUGGCAGCCUAAAAACAGCAGCAGGGUUUUAGCCUAAACUUGACCCUCAUUAUAUAACAAAGAGUUUCUGAUUUUGUCCUUUUGUCUGCUUCUUGCUUUAGCUUUGUCCCCUUUGUUGCAGUCUGCAUUUGAGGUUUUUGUCUAGAAACCCAAAUAUUGCAAACCUUUUUUUUUAAAGAAAAAGAAUCACAAUUUUGCCUUUUUUUUUCAGAACUACACAAAAACGAUAUAUUGGUGUUUUUCCCUUUUCUGGAAGCUGCUUUUUGAUUUGCUUCUGUUUCAAAAAUAAACCUUUUAGUCAAACGUCAAGGCAAAGCAUGUGAUUCUGUUUC